UGAAAAGAUUAAAAAUCAUGAGUUUCUUAGAUCAAUUAAAAAGUAAAAAAAAUAGUUUAAAAAGUGUUGAAACAAAAGUAAUUACAGAAAGUGGUCUUAUUUUUAAAGAAAUAAAAUUAGCAGAUGGUUUUAAAAAACAAUGCUUGUUGAAUGAACAAACUUAUGGUUUUAUUGUUGAUUCAAAUCCAGAUCUUAAUGCUGGUCAUGUAUUUGAAUUUCUAUAUUUUGGCUCACAAGAUAUUGCUUGUGACCCAAAUAUUUUAAAUACAUUACAAAUUACUGAUAUAUUGAGUAUUGGUGUUACAGUACCCAAAUACAAUAACUUUAUGUACAAAUUUAUUGAAGCCUAUGAUUUACCAUCAUUUAAUAUGAAUAGUAUUUUUGAUGAAUGUUUUUUAUACAUUGAAAACAUUCGUUUACAGAGUCGUCGAAUAUUUAUUCAUUGUAAUGCUGGCAUAUCUCGUUCACCAACCAUUGUUAUAGCAUAUGUCAUGAAAUAUUUAAAAGUUGAUUUUGAACAUGCUUUUAAACUUGUUAAAGAAACUAGAUUAACUAUUAAUCCUAAUGCUGGUUUUCUUUCUCAAUUAAAAGAUUAUGAUAAUUAUUUAAAAAAUAAUUUGUAUCUGUAA